AUGAAGUCAUUUCUCACACGGCCGAAGCGAAAGCUAAGCCCAGAGCCGAAACCCGUCACAGAUGACGAUGAACCGACAGAGGUCAAGCUUGUCCUCCUCUCCUCCGUACAUCCCGAGGUAGACCAAGAGACCUUGCUCGAUCUUCUCCUCGCUCAUGAUGGUUCAGUCAGCCAAGCGUCUCAAGCUCUCAAAUCCAACAAAUACCAGCAAGGUGCUCGAAAGAGUGGCAUAAUAGGCCAUCAACAAUCAUUGAGGCAAUACACCAUGGGGGAUUCCACAUCACCGACGAAGAAGAAGCCUAAAUCGAAAAAGGGCAGCACGUUGCAUUUAUACGACCCUGAAGACGUCGCGGAGCAUACGCCGUGCACCAUAAUCCACAACUUUCUGCCCCCCGAGGAUGCGAAUUCUCUCCUCAAAGAACUCUUGAAAGAAGCCGAUUCUUUUGAGAAAAUUACAUUUAAAUUAUUCGAUAAUGUUGUCUCAAGUCCACAUACGUCAGGUUUCUUCGUAGAGAGCUACGAAGAGAUGAUGGCGCAGAGGUCGGAGUAUUACUACAAUGGGUCCCAACUGACGGACGUCCGCCGCAUUACACCAGAGCUCACCAAAGUGAAACCCAUCGUACAAGCCGCCGUGAAUCAAGAAAUCCAGCACCGGAUCAAAACCCGGUAUCCCGACGGCAAGAAACUCCAACACCAGUCUCCCAAUCCAUGGAUCCCUAACUCUGCCUUUGUAAAUUGCUACAACGGGGCACAACAAAGUGUCGGCUGGCACAGCGAUCAGCUCACCUAUCUUGGCCCACGGGCCGUCAUUGGAUCCAUUUCGCUCGGGGUUGCACGCGAGUUUCGUGUUCGGAGAGUGCUGCCGAAGGACGGUGAUACAAAAUCAACUGACGAGUCUGACGCAGGGGGCCAGAUAUCCAUACACCUUCCACAUAACUCGCUUCUGGUGAUGCAUGCCGAGAUGCAAGAGGAGUGGAAACACUGUGUGACGCCGGCGCUAUCUAUCGACCCGCAUCCGACUGCAGGGAAUAAACGGAUCAACAUCACAUAUAGGGAUUAUCGACAGAGGAUGCAUCCCAAGUAUACGCCGAGGUGUGUAUGCAAGGUGCCCUGUGUGCUGAGGGUAGUGCAGAAGAAGAAGGAGAAUUUUGGAAAAUACUUUUGGAUGUGUCAUGCGGGAAAUGUCCCUGGGAAAGAAGGAUGUUCGUUUUUCCAGUGGGCGGAGUUUGAUGAUGAUGGGAAUCCGGUUGUAAGUGGGAAUGCGGUGAAGUAUUCUGAACGAUAA